AUGGAAGCAUUGAUUCCUGUUAUGAACAAGCUGCAUGACGUGUUUAAUACUCUUGGUACGGAUUCCAUUCAGUUGCCACAAAUCGUCGUAGUCGGCACUCAAAGUUCAGGUAAAAGUUCUGUUCUCGAAAGUUUGGUUGGACGUGACUUUCUUCCCAGAGGCGCUGGAAUUGUAACUCGCCGUCCGUUGGUUUUACAACUCAUUUAUGCUCCUAAGGAUGAUACUUCUGUUCGAUCAGCUGAAGAAGGAACAUUACAUUUAGAAGAAUGGGGGAAAUUUCUACAUACCAAAUCUAAGAUUUUUUCCAAUUUUGAUGAUAUUAGAACGGAAAUUGAAAAUGAAACAGAAAGAAUGAGCGGAUCAAAUAAAGGAAUUUGUCCUGAACCUAUUAACUUAAAAAUAUACUCUCCUCAUGUGGUGAAUUUAACACUUGUAGAUUUACCUGGAAUAACCAAAGUGCCUGUAGGCGAUCAACCAGAGGAUAUUGAAAUCCAGAUUCGCCAACUGAUUUUGCAGCAUGUUAGUAAUCCAAAUGCAAUAAUACUAGCAGUUACUCCAGCUAAUACAGAUUUUGCAACUUCUGAAUCUUUAAAGUUAGCUAGAGAGUGCGAUUUGGAUGGUCGUCGCACCUUAGCAGUUGUUACAAAACUAGAUCUCAUGGAUGCUGGUACAGAUGCUGUUGAUGUCUUAUGUGGAAGAGUUAUACCAGUUAAGUUAGGUAUAAUAGGAGUUGUUAAUCGUUCUCAGCAAGAUAUUAACAACAAGAAGAGUAUUGAAGAUGCUAUUAAGGAUGAAGUUUUAUUUUUGCAAAGGAAAUAUCCAGGUUUAGCUUCUAGAAAUGGAACAGCUUUUCUUGCAAAGACCUUGAAUAGGCUUUUAAUGAAGCAUAUAAGGGAUUGCCUUCCUGAUCUUAAAACACGAGUCAACAUUAUGAUAUCCCAAUAUCAGUCCCUUUUGCACUCUUAUGGAGAAGCUACUGUUGACCAUGGAAAAACAUUGUUGCAAAUUAUAACAAAAUUUGCCUCGGCAUAUUGCUCUACGAUUGAAGGUACUGCCCGUAUUAUUGAAACUAAUGCAUUAUGUGGAGGAGCUCGAAUAUGUUUCAUUUUUCAUGAAACAUUUGGUCGUACUUUAGAAAGUAUUGAUCCUCUUAGUGGACUUACACCAUGGGAUAUUCUGACAGCGAUUCGCAAUGCAACUGGCACUAGGCCUGCUUUAUUUGUCCCAGAAGUUUCCUUUGAACUGCUUGUCAAACGUCAAAUUAGAAGAUUACUUUUCCCUAGCUUAAAUUGCGUUGAGCUUGUGCAUGAAGAAAUGCAGCGCAUAAUUCAACAUUGUGGGCUUGAAGUUCAGCAAGAAAUUAUUCGCUUCCCAAAAUUACAUGAAAAGAUUGUUGAUGUUGUUACACAGUUGCUUCGAAGACGUUUGCCAACAACUAAUGUCAUGGUAGAAAAUUUAGUUUCAAUUGAGCUUGCUUAUAUUAACACAAAACAUCCAGAUUUCCAUAAUGACGCAGCUUUAGUUCAUUCAUUAGCUAAGCAAUUUGAUGAUAAACAUGUUGCUAUGCAUAAAAAAACGGACAAAGACUCUAAUAUUAUUGCACCAUUUGAAUCACUUCACAUAGAUACUGGAGAAAAAAAUGGGGAUAUUUUCGGAUCUAACAAAUAUGGAUCAAGUUUACAUUCGUCAAGUAAAUUAAGUGGUAGUGAUUCCAAUUUAAUUCAAGGCCCAGGAAGCAGAUGGACAGGUCAAGUAGCUGAUUGGUCUAAUCUCAAGUCAGAUGUGAAUAAGCAGGCACUUAUGGAACCACAGAAUGAAAUUUCUAAUACAACUGCCCAAAAAAAUUCAAUUUGCCUUAGUCCAGUCAAGGCUGUAAAUUUAUUGCCAGAAGUUCCUAGUACCGCCCCGAGAAAAUUAUCUGCAAAGGAGAAGAAAGAUUGUGAACUUAUUGAACGUUUAAUUCAUUCUUACUUUAUGAUUGUACGGAAAAGUAUUCAAGAUACCGUGCCCAAAGCUAUAAUGCAUUUUCUUGUCAAUUAUGUUCGAGAUAACCUUCAAAGCGAACUAGUUACUCAUCUUUACAGACAUGAUAAUUUUUCUUCUCUUUUGGAGGAAUCUGAUCUCAUUGCUGUUAGACGUAAAGAAACGGCAGAAAUGUUAAAAGCACUUCAAAAAACCAAUUUAAUCAUAGGAGAGAUACGGGAAACUCAUAUGUGGUAAUGCAAAAACUUAAAAUGUAAAUAGAAUGCUUAAUUUGUAGCAUUGCACAAUAUCUCAACUUGUGUAUUGUAGUCGGUGGCGAAUUCAGCUAACUUGGAGCCCUAGAAAGUGCAAAAUUUUGUUUUAUUGUAUUUAUGUUUUAGUAAGAAAUGCUUAUAAAAAAAAGCUUAGUAAGAAUUAUGUUUAUUUUAAUGAUCUUUCAUAAAAAUUAGCAAUUUUUAAAACAAGUUUACUGCCGAUAUCUUUUCCAUUCCAACUACUUAAAUUGUCUUUCUUCAAAUCGUGCAAUGUAUUUUAAAGUUGUCAGGUUUGCUGACAAUUUAAUGACUUUCUUCCUUUAUUAAUGCCUCAAAAUCUCUCAAUGUGCAACUUUGUCCUUCUUUUUGUUGCGUAUCAAACAGCUAGUGCAUACCUGUGUUGUUUCAGUAUAUUUUUUGUAAAUAGAAAAAAAUACUUAUUGUUUUGCUGAAUGUUAUAUAAUCUCUAUUGUAUGUAUAUCACGAAAAUA